AUGACGUACGUGUAUACAGCGCUACGUGCUGAGCGUCGCGAGAUACGACUGCUCAGCCUCGAACCGUCCAAAGCUGGCGACGAGCCGCUCCAGCUCUCCCUGUAUACUGUCCCGCUCGACUGUCCCGGUAGCUAUGAGGCCCUUUCCUAUACAUGGGGCGAGACGUUGCCGAAAUUCGAUAUAAGGGUGAAUGGCUUUGGCUUCCAGAUUGGGGGAAAUUUGCAUUCUGCGCUUCGCCAUCUUCGGUAUCAAGACCAACGGCGGCGACUUUGGGUGGAUGCCAUCUGUAUUAACCAGGAUGACAUCCAAGAACGCGAGGAGCAGGUGUCCAUAAUGCGCGGCAUAUAUGGCACCGCAAGCUCUGUCGUUGCCUGGAUCGGAGAAAGCGAUGGUUCUAGCGACGAGAGGGCCUUUGACUUCAUGGAUAAGAUUUUGGAUCAGAUACACUCCCGGGCGGUUUUGGACAAGUUUUUGGCCGCUGAUACGGCUCCAACGAGUGCCGAGUUCAGCUUGGAGAUUCACAAGGAUAACAUAGACUGGAUCAGGUCCGUAACUUCGCUGGGCCUUGUGGGCAGCCCCUGGCUUGACAUUCUUCAUCUUCUCCAGCGCCCAUGGUUCAGCAGGAUCUGGAUCAUCCAGGAGGUGGUGAUGGCGAGUGACGUAACACUACGGUGUGGCGAUCGCACGCUGGACUGGCUCUCGUUUCGACCCUGUAUUCGGUUUAUCAAGCAUCAUCUCGUCACUAUCUGGGACUGCGGCGCGCCAGAAGACAUCUUGAAGCUUGAUGUAGAAGCGUAUCGGCACUACCAGAAGUCGGGGGGUGUUAUCAGUCUGGACAGGGCGAUUAAGGGCAUUACCAAUGUCGAUCAGUUAAGAAAACAGAGGCGGUUGAUCGAUCUCACGACGACUGUUACACAAGAACGCUCGCAAGGACCCUCCCUAGCGGCCCCGGUCCCCUUGCCACCGUUUAUCAAGCAACUCCUCGGGAUGGAGAUUCCAGAGCAAAGCAUGCCAUCAGCAAUGACCCAUGAGGAGCGGGUUUAUGCCGCACAGCCGCCGAGAGAUUUCGAGGUCGGGAGACUGAUGAAGGAUUGUUCACUUUACCACCUGUUCCGGAAGUUCAGGUCUUGCGAUGCAACAGAUCCUAGGGACAAAGUCUAUGCGCUGCUUGGGAUUGCGGAAAGGAUCCAUGGUUCUCACAAUAAACUGCCCGUCUCCUACGAAAAGCCAGCUGAAGCCGUACUCUGGAACUUGAUUGCCAAUCAUCUUACCUCCACCAGGGCGCUAAACUUCCUGAGUGAUGCUUCCGGGUUGUCUGGAUCUGAAGGGUUCCCGUCAUGGAUGCCAUUGUGGCAUGAACCAGACUUGAACCUUCAUCCACUAUCUUUUCUAUCCGAUGCGCUUGCCUCGGGUUACAGAGCUGGUGGCGAUACAAAAGCACAAUUCCAAUUUGAAGAAGAAGCAAAGCUACUCAAGUGCCAGGGUAUCAUUGCUUCAACUAUCGAGGCCGUUGGAGAAGUCUAUGACAACGCCCAUGACGAUCUCGACGACCGUGAACAUUUGUAUGAAAGGUCCGUCCAUACUAAAUGGGCAAGACUAUUAGGUGUUGAUGAUGUAUUCAACGAGGGUAACAUACUAUGGGAUGCCGCACAACGAGGAGUAAUCUCCCAACCAGAAUACCGGGCUCGAUUCCUGGAGCUUUUGUUGCGAGAUCGAAAUAAAAUGCGCCGGUUCCUCCAGUUUACCAUCACUCUUUUGGCUUGUGGGAGUACAUAUGGUGACUUGUUAAACGCCACCACCGUACUCGAUGGGAAUACAACCUUCUUACCUUCUUUUGCGCCGCACAUGGUGUGGCCGCAGUCUACGAAUGACAAGAAGUAUGCGAGCCGAGUCCGCAACGCGUGCCAUCAGCGGACCAUCUUUACUUGCAAAGGAGAGGCCACGUUCGGCCUGGGUCCAGGAAACGCAGAGCCUGGCGAUGUUGUUGCCGUGUUCCUGGGGGCUGAUUUGCCGUAUGUCCUCCGCCCGGUUAGCGAGCAUGCCGGGCUCGCCACGUUCAAACUAGUUGGGGAGGCAUAUUGCAUUAGUUGUAUGAAUGGUCAAGCCAUCAAUGUACCGAGGGCGGGCGUAGACCAUGGUGAAUUUGGAAUCCAGACGAUCCAGCUUGUAUAG